AUGGAUGUUGCUUGGAUGAUUCCGCAUGGAAACCGCCGCACAUUACAGAACCUGGAAGAGCUCCCCUUGCACUCAGAAGAAGCAAGGAAGAAGUUUCUCACUUGGGGGAACACGAGGAUUCUCCAGCCUCCCAUGGUGCUAGACCCUGCCUAUCUGGAUGAGCUAGGACACUGGCAGGACAUUGAUGAGUUUCUGUACAACCCAAAAUGGAGGGUCCUGCUGUUCUUGCAAGCACCAGCAAGCCUGGAAGUCACCAUCGAGUUUCUUUGCUCUCUCCGCUUCCACAAUGACGGAGAGGAAGUAAAGUCAACAACUGAAGUCACCUCCACCACCAAGGUCACAUUCACUCUGAUGGGUCGACUCCUGAGCCUUACCGUGGCAGACUUAGGGUGGCUGAUUGGUCUUUACACACUUGACGAAACGCGGAGCUUGGCCUUUGCUAAUCUGCCCGACCAGCUUGAUCCGGAGUUCGAUGUUAAGAAGUUCUGGCAAGCUCACGGGUAUGGGCGAUUUCACAGUGGAGCAAGCAUAGCUAGGAAUUGGGUGCGUCCGUCCUGGAGAAUUUUACACCAUGCAUUGACUCAUAGCUAUUUUGGCCGCCCUCAUGACUCUGAUGUGGUGUUUGAUUCCGAUAUGCUAUUUUUCUGGAGUCUAGAAGCGCGCGUACCAGUCAACCUAGCAACUUUUGUGGCGCGAUUCCUAUUUGCUCAGUCGACUAGCAACCACCAGUUUGUCUUAUGUGGGCCAAUGGUUACGCUUCUGGCCCGAGGAUUAUGUAUGACAAUCCCCAAUGUUCUCCCAGAGGCCGCAAGCAUGUUCCGACCGUCGACAAGGUAUCUGACCCAGAUCGCUUAUAAUAAGGAGGACAAGGAGGCACGCCCCAGAAAGCAGCAUAGAAUUCCCAUGACCCUUCGCGAGCUUUCACAGGCUAUGUUUGCAUUCCAGGAUUCUGUAGACUCUCGCUUAAGGAGCAUGGAAACGCUCCUUCUCACGCAGCAAUGGCAAGUGGAGGAAAUACUUGAAUACACCCGGGAACAAGGAACAAAGAAGGCUGAGCAUGGGGCAGGUCCUAAACAAGGCAAACGUCAGGGAUAGUGAGAUCCCUAAUUUCUUAAUACUGCAUUCAGAACAUCAUUUUUGGAUAUUUAUAUGAUCUUAUUUUGGAAUUUCACAUUAUGACUCUUAAACCCAUUUUG